CUCUCUCUCUCUCUCUCUCUCUCUCUCUCUCUCUCUCUCUCUCUCCACAACUCUUUGUUGCCCCAGCAAAUCUCAAAGGAAAAAAAAAAAAAAAACAACAAAUGGCCUUCUUCAAUUCCCAUACUAACAAUUUAGUGGAGGGGAAGCGCGUGGGGAUUGCGGUGGCGAUGGCGGCGGCGGCGGUGGGGAGCUGGUGGUGGAAGGCGCUGCGGCCGCCGCGGCCGCGGGUGUGCGGGUCGGAUGGGGGGCCGCCCGUGACGGCGCCGCGGAUCCGGCUCCGGGACGGGCGGUUCUUGGCCUACGCGGAGUCGGGCGUGGCCAGGGAAAGGGCCCGCUUCAAGAUCGUCAUCUCCCACGGCUUCUCCGGUUCCAGAUUGGAUUCCCUUCACGCCUCCAAGGAGCUAAUAGAAGAACUGGGUGUUUACAUGGUGGGAUUCGACCGAGCCGGAUACGGUGAGAGCGAUCCGAACCCGAAGCGGUCGCGGCAGAGCGCGGCGAUGGAUGUGAUUGAGCUUGCGGACGCGCUCGAGCUCGGACCGAAGUUUUAUCUGGUGGGCAUCUCCUUAGGAUGUCAUGCUGUCUGGGCUGCACUCAAGUACCAUCCUGAAAGGCUAGCCGGAGCGGCGCUGCUGUCACCUGUAAUAAACUACAGGUGGCCCGGAUUCCCGCGAGAGCUCGCGACGGAGGAGUACAGGAAACAGCAAUCGGGAGAUCAAUGGUCUUUGAGGGUCUCAUACUACGCACCGUGGUUGCUCUACUGGUGGAUGAAUCAAUCAUGGCUACCCACCUCAACUGCAGCCAAAGGCACCACUCCCAUUCGCAACCGCUUCGACGCGCAGAAGCGAAAUGAGGGCAUGGCCGACGGAACGUAUGAGACGAGGAGGAGAGUGGCGACGCAGCAGGGCAUUCAUGAGUCGUUUUACAGGGACAUGAUGGUGAUGUUCGGGAAAUGGGAGUUCGAUCCGAUGGAUCUCUCGCCGACGCCCUUUCCGGUUCAUAUAUGGCAGGGUGCUGAAGAUCAUCUAGUACCAGUUACAUUGCAGAGAUACAUAUCCAGCCGCCUCAGCUGGAUCAACUACCACGAGAUCGCGGAGGGCGGACACAGGCUGUAUGUGAUUCCGGGACUCGGCGAUAGUGUCCUCAAAAGCUUGCUGGUGCAAUCUUCUUAGGGACACACCAAUGUAGCCAGUUUGGUGUGAGUUGUAUGUUGGGAAUUUUAUAAGCUGUUUGGCAUGUAAUCAAACUCUUAUUAGGCAAUUGGAAAAGAAAAUAUAGUCUAUAUUGAAAUGAUUAUAAAUUUGUGCAAUUGUUAGAAGAAGAGAACAUUUUGCAAAUGGGGGUUUAUGUUAUUGUAAAUAAGAGCUACAAUAUUGAUCUUGGAAGUACCA